AUGGCUUUGUCUGCUGAUCUCGUUGCGGACGUCUCGUUCAAGCUGGCACAGGUGCAAGAAGGCGAUCGACUUGUAAAGACGGUGCAUGCGGCUAUCAGCCAGCUUGAGUCGCAGGGCCACGUCUACACGAUGCAGCUUCAACCGACCAUGGUCGGGAUCAGUUCCCAGAACCGCGACGGGAGCGGGAUUAAUCCCGUAGAUGUCCACGAUCUUCUGGGCGACAUAGUUCAAGCCGGCUGGCUUGAUGCCAGGGUCCAGGCCAUCGCCCAUGAGCCAACUGGGCAAGAGGACAUCGAUUGGAAUGUCCGUCUCUUCCAAAGCAUGCAUGAUCGCUGUGGGCCCCUGGAGCCCACGAUGAUCAAAGCACUCUCCCUGGCAGGGUCACACACAAACUCGGUCUUGCGGUGCUUCCACUAUGAGGUCAUGCAUGAAGGAGACGAGACCGUGUGUCAUGAUGGAAGACUCAGCAUGGAGCUGCUUCGGAAGCACGAUCCGGACUUCGCGAGGGCGGUUCGCGAAGGAGUCGUUUGGAAGAUCUUGUCAAAGCACGUCGCUGCCCAGCUGCCGCAGCUGUUGGGACUUGUCCAAAGGAUGGGAAACGCCACACUUCACCGUGGCGAACACGAGCUCCAACUGAUGAGACGGCUGCAUCAGACUUGGGUCCAGAUGAGCUCUCAGGGUUCUGUGGACUUCCUGGCACUGAAGAGCAAAGUCACCACGGGGAAGUCCGUGCAUGGCAAGUCCAUGCCGCAUCUUUACAGUUUCGUGUUGAAGACUGCGGGUGGCACAGAUCCGUUCUUGCUCAACGAGACUGAAACCUUCGUUAGGUUGCAUUCCCCCAGCACACGUUCAUUGGGACCUGGUUUCUGGGAGAAGGUCAGUGCCGAUGUCAAAGGUUCCAACCAAUUCCCACGGUUCCGGCAUGCCAUGGUGAAGCUUGCAUACUGCAAAGAAGCUGUGGGGUCUGCCGAGUGCAAGAAGAUGUUGCACAAGGAUUCAACGGCCUCUGUCAAGGAGGCAGACACCAUCAUGAGCACGUGGCGAAAGCUUGUGACGGCCCUGCCGGAUGGUGCAGAGCUUCUCAUGAAACCCGAAGUGCAGACCUGCUUGUCCUAUGGGGACAUGUCCUUGGCUGCCUUCACCCUGAAUGUGAUGUUGCCCGGUGAAGACUUGAAGAAGUAUAAGACAAGCCAAUCCCUCGCCCAUGACCUCGUCCUGAUUUUGGAAGGCAUCCUCAAAACAGACCUGAAUGGGCCCUGGGCGGCACACAAGGUCGCAGAUUCGGGUGAGGCAUCGGGUUCCAAACAGGUGGGAGCACCCAUGGCCAUCAUGAGGGAGCUGAGCUCCGACGGCUCGGUGAAGGAUUCAGCGGUGAUGAUGGCCGAGUCCGGCUUUUCAGUCGGCCAAUAUGUCCGUCGCAAGGCGGAUCAGGAAACUGGCCAGGUGACGGCGAUCGAGCUUGGCCGUGUCAAGCUGAAGCAGCCCUCGGGGUCCGUAGUGCGGGUGUCGAUCGACAGCUUUCUCGCAGGCCACUGGCAGGUCUACACACCCAAGCCGGAACCCCAGACGGUGGAUGACUUGUCAGUGUAUUCGCCUUUGAACUUCCCCGAAUACGAGCGACAGAUGCUGUUGGCAUGCUUGUACAUGGACAUGCAUGAGCUCAUGCAAAAGCACGACACGAAUCCCAUGCUGCAGAAGCUCAGGGUCACUUUGAAGCCUCGUAAGUCAGUCCAAGCCACGGCAUUCAUCCCGAAAAACAAGCUCAUCAUGGUCCCCAUGGGUUUGACGAUCAAGCACGGUCAGAAGAAGCCCGAGGAUGCGAUUUUCGAUAUCAUCGCCCCCAUGAGUGACUACUUCUUCUGGAUUGUUUCGUUCAUUCAGAUUCCGAAAGCCGAAGGGGAUGCUGGCUUCAUCAAUCCUGCAUUCCUUGUGCAGCCGCUUCCCGUGAGUGACACUUGGAAUUGCGAGGUUUCGCAUGUCAAGUCCAAUCGAGACAAGAAGGUUCAACUCCCCAUCCUCAAGAACACCCUGGACCUGCAGCAGGACGAUGUGCUGUAUAUGCCAAAGGCCGAGAAGACUGUGCACGUCGAGGCCUUGCAGGUUGACACCCCGCCAAGGAAGCGAAUCUGCUCCAAGAAGCCGGGAGAAGAUGAGGAGAUGACCGCACCCACGGUGGUGACAAAACAGAUCGUCACAUACGGGUCAGGGCUCACUUGGAUCCCGGAACAAAAGACGGCCGAGGGAGUCACAUGGUUCAAAGUGAGCAAGUGGGAUCGAGGAUUGUUUCGGUUCGUGUACGGCAAGGGCUUGGAUCUGAGGAAGAAUACGGACAAUCAAAACUUGUCACUCGACACACCUUUCUUCGAGAACAUGUUGGCCCGUCGCCAAGAAGCAUUCAACGAGGCUAUCUCCGAAAGACUCAAGGAUGAAGAGAAUGACGAAGCCCCACAGCCGGAGAAGGCCCAGAAGAAGACCAAGAAAACCAAGGAGUUCAAAGCUACACAGAAGCAUGACAUUUAUGCACCCCACAGCAUUCAGAUUGACUUGCCCGGCGAGGACGAUGUCGUGAAGCACAUCCAGACCAGCUUCAAGCAUUCUGAGGCCAAGCCACGAAAGACGAUCAAGCCUAAAAGGGCCAAGGACUCACCGCAAUGGUGGGCCUUUGAUCGGUGCGGGCUCCUGGAGGUGUUGCUGCCGAACGAGGACGCCACAUGGAGCAACAGUGCAGCCAUCCUCGGUUGGCACAAGCAGAAGAAGAAGUGGAGGAUCCUCGACAUGUUAGGCUGGCUGUGCCAGGAUUGGGAGGGCACGUGGUGCCCUGCUGGGCUUGUGCUCCAGGAGAUCGAUGCGACGGACUACGAGGAGCUGAAGAAGGAAAAGGAGCCGGAUCGGCCAAAGGAAGAAGACGGCGAGAUGGAGGAGGUCACAUGUGAGGAGCCCGACAAGAAGGACAGUGCUUGCAAGAAGCCGGCCGAGCCCAAGGAGCCGCCGCCGAAAUCCAAGAAGGGCAAAAUGCCAUGGAUCCCACCGCCACCCCCGGCUCCAGCCACCAAGGCCUGGUGCUGGCCGGACAAGAGCCAGGAGUCGGGGCCAGGGGGCGGCGAAUCUGGCAUGGUCUCGACACAGUCCGAAAGUGUGGCGAGGCUCAUCGACCACAUGCUGGACCAGGCUUUCGUGACAUUACAUGUGACAAGGUUGGUGGCCACGGCAAGUGAGCCGGUGGGCUGCCUGAAAUUGAUUUCCGGCAUGGCGACUUCGAAAGCCUUGGGCGACCAACUGCUCACCAUCUCCUCACUCGCAGAGACCAUGACAGACCAGACAACGAAAGACCGGAUGAUCGAGUCCUGUAUGGAGUCUGCCAAGAAGCAGAUUUCGGGUCUCCGGCUCACGGAUUCAGCAGAAGUCCAGACACUGUUCGCUACGGUGCAGUCCUUGAACUUCACCGAGAGUCAGAAGGACGAGCUGAUGCGGCAGAUCGGUGAUCGUUUCGUGGCAUGCAGCACACCCAAAUCACAGGGCAGCAAGAAGUCCAUGCAGACCAUGGACGACCCGGGAAGUUUCCUCCGGGCCUCGGAUGUGACCUUCAUCUCGAACCCAGACCACACCAUUAAGGCCAAGGCAAGUCGGAUGGCCGUGAUGUUUUGCAGCAUCAACUGCAGCUGCCCGACGGAGCCUACUUCGGGCCGAGCUGUGGGAGUGCUCAAGAACGACUUUGGCCUCAAGGAACUCGAGGACCCUCAAGUGUUUUACAACACAGUUCAGGAUUUCAAAGCAGCCUUGAAGUCGCACUUCAAGUCCAAUCCCAGUGGGUCGACGAGCCAUGUGCACAACUUCACGACACCGGCAGAUCUACCCUCCGAUGUGUGUACGAGAGCAUAUGGUGAGGAAGGGCCGUCCGGACAUGCCGGCCUGGGUGGGUCCAUCGGUCCAGUUCGAAAGUCUUCUGCGAUGUUGAAGAGCCAGAACAACCAGAAGGUUCCUACUCUAGACCUUCAGGUGCCUUCGCAGAACAACAUGGCGAAUAUGAUGAUGCAAGGGUUCCAGAGCAUGCAGCACAUGUUCAAUGUCUUCGCAGGUGCACAGCAGGCUGGCAUGUCCGGCCAGCAGAACAUCUUCAUGAACAACACCAAGACGAACCCGCCGAAGCAAACCCUCGCAAUCACGAAUGGACCCGAUGCAGCAUCGAGUCCAGCACGUGCAGAGCCGGAGCAAGCUCAGCCGCCUAUGACUCCGGAAGAGCAGGUGAACACCAUGCUCUCCAGCUGGAAGAAUCGUCAAGAGGAGAACAAGAAGAAAGCCGAGGAUGGCAAGGCUGGUGAUCCGGAGGGUGGCAGCGAGAAGGCCGAGGCGAAGGGCCAUCAGGAUGUGCAAAGUGCCGAUGGAAGCGAGGCUGCUGCCCUAGACCAAUUCCUGCAAAGCUUGGGCAUUGCCCGAAUCAUGACAUCCAGCUCCAGCUCCAAACCUUUGGCAAGCCUGGGGAGGAAGGUGUUUGUAUCACAACGAGGUCUGGAAUCCGUGCUCAGCGAUUUGAAGAAGACCGGUUUCCUCGCCGACGAUUUUGCUACCACCUCGCGAGCCUCGAUUAAGCGAGCGAGGGAUGGUGAAGAGAAGUCGUGGGAGAAUGCCUUUGGGCAGAUGAUCAUUAACAUGGACAUCCCACAUGAGAGCGAUGACACGAAAUUUGUAAAGGUUCCCUUCGUGCCACCUGUUGUGCUGCUGCAGCACUGCAUCGCCAACGAGCAUUACCAUGGACUGCUCAAAAAGUGUGGCCAGUCCAGCCCUGGAGACAAGCUGGGCAUCGCAAAAUAUGCUGCUGAAGUUAGUCCCGGCAAUCAGCUAAAACCGCUGAAUGCCAGGAAACUACAAGUCAUCUACUGGUCCAUCGUCCAGCACGGGCAAGAUCUGGCCUCGGAGUGGCUUUGGUUCCCUUUGUGUAUACUGAGAAGCACUCUUUGCAAUCGGAUCGGCGGCCUCACUGUGCUUUGGAAACAUGCCAUCCAGCACAUGUUCAUGGAUCAUGACAUGAGGCAUGGUGUGGUGCUGCAGACAUCCACCACAGCAUUUCCCGUCUUUGCCGACCUCUCUGUUCUUAUAGCGGACGAGGCAGCCCUGAAACAAACAGCUGAAAGCAAAGGUGCCUCGGGCACAGUGUUUUGUAUGAGAUGUGCGAAUGUCGUUGCCCACCGAAGCGGGCUACAGGACCAUGGCGAUGUUCUCUCGUCGACAUGCACUGACUUCACGAAGUUUCGCUUGCACACGAAACAGUCGGUCGGUGAAAUCAUGAGGUACCUCUCUUCCCAACAUGGCACGGUUUCCCAGAAGGACUUCCAAACAAUGGAAAAAGCUUUGGGCUACAACUACAUGCCGGGAGGCCUCUUGAUGUCGAAUGUAGGACACAACAUUCCGGAGAUGAUCAUGUUCGAUUGGUUCCACAUUUACUUGGUCCACGGUGUGGCCGGUAACGAGGUUGGGGUGUUGCUAGGCCGCCUCCGAGACAGUGGCUUUCCCGAGCAACAGAUACACGACUUCGUGCAAUCCUUCCAUUGGCCGGUGCAAUUCGCUGGUGCGGAUGCCAAGUCAGUUCUCGCCAAAAAGCGAGAGGACAAGACUGCCCCGGUGAAAGCAGAAGCCUCCGAGCUCCUUAAUUUCCUGCCGGUCCUGCAGUUGUUCCUUAUCCUCUUCGUCUGGAGGGAUGCUGACGACUCCCUGAAGAGUUGCUGUCACGGAUUCUUCACCUUGUGCAAAAUCCUUCGCAUGCUGAGGAAAGCCACUCAGGGUGGCUUGGACCCUGCUGCCCUCAGGGGUGCCAUUAAGGAGCAUUGCGAACUAUACCUCGCCAACUACGGGGCAGAGUACUGGGUUCCGAAGAACCAUAUGACCAUGCACCUACCCGAAUUCUUGUCUCGACAUGGGCUGCUCCUUUCGUGCUUCGUGCACGAAAGGAAACACAAACUGGUCAAGAGGUUCGCAAACAACAUGAAGAACACUUCCAGAUCAUACGAAGCUACCGUCCUUCGCGAGACCCUUGCAGCUCAGUUCCUUGCGAUGCAGGACGAACUCCCUCAAGGGGAUGUGCGACUCAUCGGCAAGAGACGGUGCACAAAGGCAAUGGCCAGCCUGAUCCGGGAUGUGUUCGGCAACUCCGACGGUGUGUUUCAAGCACAGGCAGCAUUGCAUGGCGGAGGAUUCCGGUGCUCCCAUGGAGAUGUCGUCAGAGCCAAGCAUGCACAGGAACACGUUGUCGGCAUGAUUCACUUUCAUGUUGAGGUUGACGGCCUGCCUCUCACAUGCAUGAGUCCAUGGAGCCAUGUGGCCGAUCACAUGUACCGUGUGAAGCACGAAAGUUUCUUCAUCAACACGGCAUGCAUUUUUUCGGCUUGCAUCUGGUCUCGCAAGGGCGACGAUGCCAUCGUGUUGUUGGAGUGA